AUGCAUCCACCCUCGUCACCAUCGCCUAUGCAAGAAGUGGUGUCUUCAUCAGGACAACAGCAACUUCAGAAUCACCAACACUCGCUUAUGCAACGUCUUCUAAUGGGUGCUGGUGGUGGUAAUGGUAGUACCCAUACGAGCAGUGCUCGAAACGGUAUCGAAGACAUCGCUGCUCGACUACAUAAGCAGAAUGGCAGCACAUCGAUCGGUGUGGCUGGAAAUGGGUACUACUCGACCGAUCUUAUGUCGACUUGGGGUGAUCAUCUAAGUAUCUCGAACAACACACCGAUGAUGCAUUUAACGUGCUUGGAAUGCGGGAUCAAUAAGAAUAAUAGUGAAGAUAUGGAGGUGCAUUUGAAGCGUGAACAUUUGAACUGGUUACCGUUUCAAUGCCCAAUAUGCCUCUCUGAAAGAGCUUCGGACGCUGAAAUGAGGGAGCAUCUUCAUUCAUCGCAUCGAAAGAACAUGAACAAGUUCAUCUACGUCGACAACGUGACGGCGAAGCGUUCACUACAGAUAAUGAUGGAUCGUGCACUAUCGCAUGCGAUGUCUCGUCGUGCGAAUCACGGAACUGGACGAAUGUCGUCGUCGACGACGAUCUCACCACCUGCUGCUGCCAAAUUGCCAUCAUUAGAAAGGUCGCGAACGUCUCCCACUGAGGUCCCGGUUACGAAUGCUGCUGGUUCUCGAAAACGGCACAUUGACGAGUCGUUGUCAACCGGUAAUACAAACACUGAUGCUCUUCUGGCAAGUAUUAGUCGUGCCACGAAUUCUAGAGGAAUGGAAGGGGACGUAUCCGAGGAUGUUGAGUUGAUUCCAAUGUUCAACAACAAGCGUAUAAAAUCCGAGUUUGAAGUAGACCAAGAGCAAGAAGAUGGAUCUAUGAUUGACGACAGUAUACUUGACAAUUUAAAUCCAAUUUCGGUUUUGGAUAACGUUGCGGCACUGUUCGCUUCAGAUGGGCGAAUUGAAGAUCCAUGUGCUGACCCGCACCCUGAGAAACCAGCGAAGAGUCAAAGUGCCAAAGCUCUAAGUAGCGCUCUACCGUUAUCAUUUUGUGUACCAAUUAUUCCCCACAGUAAUGUCCGACUUAAGGAAUUGGAUUUUCUGCUUUUUCAGACGUUUCGCUUCCGUUGCCUUUUCGAGGGAUGUACUGUGGAGCAUUAUCGUAAGGAUCAAAUGGAGAAUCAUCAAUCCAAGAUACAUGGAAAAAUUGAUCCGGAAAUGAUGGAGGACCGGUCGUUAGAACUUUUCCAUCGAUGUCAAGAAUUGAAUCAUGAACUCUUCUUGGCCCAUAAAACGGCAAAUGCCAGCAAUAGUUCAGCAGCAACAGCGGCGGCGACCGCAAAAGUGGCUUCCGAUAGCAUCACAAGCCAAAAUCAGAAGCCACCGCCACAGCAGCAGCAACAACAACAACAACAACAACAACAACAGCAACAGGAAUUGUCAAUGGAGCUGAUUGGAACUAAGAAUGGUAGCACACCUGGUCCAACGGCAGCAAAGGCAGAAGCAGCGUACAAUGCUCAGAUUGCUGCCCAUAAGGAGAAGAAUAACAAAAAUGCUCCUGCACCUACUCCGAAACCUUCUGCUAUCACUACAGUGAUUCCUCGAGGGGUUCCUGACGAAGAACACCCUUUAGAGUGUCGCCUUUGUCAUAAGACUAUGCAGAAUAGGAUACGUGGUUUCCAUAUUUUAUGGCAUAUGGCUAAAGACAUGGGAAUUAAUCGGUACAUCUGUCGAAUGUGUGGUUUUGGACACGAUCGAUCUCAGUCUGUGCAAGUACACGGGAAGAAAGAGCAUGGAAGCGAAGAUGUUGUUCAGGAUCGAAUUGGGGAGUACUCUGAUGAGGUUAAACAAAUGUCGGAGCGAUGCUUUGGCUUUCAAGCCCUAUUUGCUCAGGAGAAUAAACGUAGAAGCAAAAUUGCAUCCGCUAUGCCCUUCGUAAGUUUUCGCAUUUAUGAAGUUAACAACGAAAUUUUAACCAUAUUGAGUGCAAAGUCGAAGAAGUCGUCAGAUGACGACGAUGUUGUAGAUGAUUUGACGUUAGAUUUUUAUCAAAAUGAACAGGGUGACUUAGACGACUUUGAAGCGGCACUUGAGCAUGAACCCGAUGACGAGCAGGAGCCCUAUGAAGACGAGGAGGAGAAAUGCGGAAAGAUCACGAAUUCUCGUAUGAGUGAACAUGCAUACACCCAUAUGGAGGAGCAUUUAUUCUUAUGUCCACAUUGUGACUUGGGUCAUCAAUCUCGCGAACUAGUAAUCCGGCACAUUAGAGAGAUCCAUGAGACAGAUGAUCGACCGGUCGACAAUAGAUUGAAACAUGCCAGGGAUAUCAAGGCGAUGAUUCGGGAAUGUUACCCAGCUUAUUUUGUUGAUGCACCGAUUCCAACACAACAGGAUAUCGAGAAGUUGAAACAACAUAUGGGUGCAAACGCGUCGUCAAUCAUAGCUGGAUUAGAUGAUGAACCAAGCGAUGAUGUUGACGAUGAUGACGGUGCUGAUUAUGACGACGAUUCAGCCUCUGAACCAAAACUCGUCCUCGACGAAGAAGCAGGCCUACACCUGGAGCAUGAUGAUGAGGAACCCGGUGAAGAGGAGUACACUGAAUGA